GUGUAGUCUUCUUUGCUCUUCACUCAUUAUGAUGGUCAUCACUAUCUCUGACAUACCACCCACCUUCCAGUCUGUGGUCUCACUGACCCCAAGCCUUUCCAUCUGCUAUCACUGUAUUUGCAUAGAAGUUCAGAUAUUUUGAGAUUCAACAUUUGAAUAUUCUCAACAUGUACGAGGUUCUGGUGCUUAAAGAAGGCUACAGUGUGUCUAAGGAAGAAGGUCAGAGGAAAACAAGCGGCAGCAUCACACUACUGAGGGGCAGACACAACAUCAUUGUCGAUACUGGAAAUCCAUGGGACAAAGAUUUACUGCUGCAAGAAAUGCUUAAGUAUCAGCUGACACCUUUGGAUGUGGACUAUGUUAUUUGUACAAGUGGGCAUCCGGACAAAGUGGGCAACCUAAACUUGUUUACCCAGGCAAAACACAUAGUCUGUGGAGAGCUCUGCUUUGAAGACAACUUCUUCCAACAUGCCUUUAAACAGGGGAUUCCUUAUGAAAUAGAUGAUGAUGUAGAAGUUGUGUCAACACCAGGCCAGUCUGGGUCUGAUGUCUCUGUUCUGGUCAGAAACACCCCUUUAGGAACCGUGGCUGUGGCAGGUGGACUGUUUGAGUGCUUUGAGGACUUGGAGGAGCCCAGUUUAUGGCAGAUUCAGAGUGAGGACCCCGAGAGUCAGGAGCAGGGAAGGAUAGGGAUGCUACAGAUAGCUAAUCACAUUAUACCAGGACACGGCAAGAUGUUUCAGGUCCCCGAGGAUUACAAGCAACAUCUUCGGGUGGUCAUGUACAGUGAGGAACAUGUCCAUGAAACCACAGGAAACACAGUCGUGACCUCGGUACAGAGCCAGUACACGGUCAUUGAGAAGGAUGACUGACAAUAUCAAGGUCUCAUCACAUCCUAGGAUAGACUGGAAAACUGAGGGGAGGGAUGAUUUCUUGUUCAAGACAUACAGAUGCUUAUGAGGCAUUGAUGAUUUAUUUCUGAAUUUAUAAUUGAUUUGUAUAUUAUAGUAUACUUUUACUUUAUAAAAUGUUGAUAUCUGCUUUUUAUUUUUAUUAAUGUUUCAUCAUAUUACUAAGCUCUAGGCCACAAGCAAUUAUUGCAUGUAGAUUAACAAUAAUAGUGAUCUUAUUUACUCUGUGUGUAAUCAUGAUUUCAUUGAUUAAUGAACUUUGUUUGAGGUUGCUUUUUUUUUUACACAAACUUCCUGUGUGCGAUUGUUGCUGCUAUUUUCGUAAUCGUGCUGCUACAUGUACUUGUAUUAAUACAUGUAUGCUAUUAUUCCUUGCCUCAAAUUUUGAAUUGACAGCUAUGAUACGCAACUUUAGAUUUGUCCAUUAAAAUAUACACUGUUCUGUGUAAAUGUAUUUCCAUGUUGCUUAAUAAUUUUCAAUAUAAGUCUCACAUGUAUGACAGGCAACUGCAGGUAACACAAUAUACGUCCCAUACAUUUAGACAGGUAACACAAUAUACCAUUACAUUUAGGCAGUCCUUGUUAUUGCUCCUCGAGCUCUCCUCAAGAAAACUCCUUGGUUCAAAAUUUGUCUUGUCAUCAUUGUUGACUUUUCAGUUUUGACUUCUCCAUAACCACUACACCUGUUUCAAAUAAAUCUGAAAAAUAGUGUUUUUUAAUGAAGCGAAUUCAAGUUUGUUCCAAUAAAGGUCAAAUCCCUUUUGACCUUUCGAGAGGAGUUAUGAAUGGUGAAAAUAGGAAGGAUGAUUGAAAAUCUUCUAAAAAACCAAUUAACAAGAGAAGCUAAUCACUGCAAUAAAGCUUCCUUGCAUGUGUAUAGUAUGAUUCCUUACAUGUGUAUGGUGUAGAUUCAAGUUUAUUCAAACUUUUUGUUCAUUAAAUUCGUAGCCAUUUCUUGGGGAAAGUUCUGGGCAAGAAUAGGGACUUGAAGAAAAUAUUGCAUAAAAUCUGUAAAAAUUAUCUCAACAAGAUAUGUUUGUGAAACACUGAUGCCACUGUAUGGCUGAGGUGAAACAUUUUGGUAGAAAUAAAAGACUUCUUCUCGCAUGGUAUACACAUGUGAAAUAAGAAAGCCCUAUCACAAUCCAUUUAAAAUUUAUCGCAAAGGUUAAAAGUUUUUGCCGUCAAUCAGAAGCAACCCCAUGUAGUGUAGAUUCAAAUUCAUUUAAGGCAUGACCCCUGUAUUGGACUACAAUAGGUAUUUAUAAAGUUUACAUAGAAAAUCAAAGGAACUAUAUUUUUUAUUUUUUUUUUCUUAAGAAAACACAAGUGCAAUUUCUAAAACUAACAUGCAAGCAUCCUAUGUAAUGUAGAUUCAAGUUUAUCAAAAUCAUAAAGGCGACUUAGAUGAGCAAUGUGGCCCAUUGGCUUAGUUUAUGUGAUGAAAGAAACUGUUUCACAUGCAAUAUAAAAGAUCUAUCCACCCCAACCCACUCAUUUGUUACAGCAGCUUGUGGUCCAUACAAAGAUAUAGCACGUCACUAAAGAUGAAAAGGUUUAACGGGCCUAUAUAGUUUUUGUUGUGUUUUUUAAGCCCUCAAAAUCAAAGAUACAAGUGCACAUGUUGUCUUGUGGUAUAUUGUCUGAACAAUCAGGCAAAAAUCUCUCACAGAUUCUCAAUUUUUAAGUAUAAUUAAAAGUGCUAUGAUAUUUGGUGGAUGCAAUUUUUGUGCCAAUCCCUUUUCAGUGGUAAACCAAAUUUUUGAAAAGUCAAAGCUUAUAAUUUAAAAAUUGCAAAUAAGAGAGCUUUGACAUUGGGUGUAUGACCAGGCAUUUCUACAAUGUUAUGCUUGAUGACCAUGCAGUUUAAAUGUUACAUUGCAAAUGAAAGCUAUGAAUCAAAAUGCUUAGAUAUAUAUUGAGUGUUUCUCUUAACAAUCCUGCCAAUGAAGUUACAUUGACCAAAAUAAAAUUCUAAAUAUCAACAUCUGACAGGUAAUUCUUUAUAAAGCUAUGGAAAAGGAAGAAAUGAACUAAAUUUUUAAACACAUAGAUAAAAUAUCUCUUUAGUGUGUAUUCAACAAUGUAAAGAAACAGUUUGUGAAAGGUUUGAUAUACUGUGUAAAUGGAAUUUUUAGCGAGGAUUUCAUUUUAUCAUUAUUAGCAGGGGUGUUGAGAUUGUCAAAAUAGAUUAUUGCUAACUAUUUAUUUCGUAUUGGGGGUAACAGAAUCAACUUUAAAAUAAUCUUUAACAGAGAAUUUAGAGUUUGUUCAGGGCUGGCUAAUUGGUUGUUACAAUGUAGGGCUCUGCUGCUACUAGGGCAUGCAUAUUUCACCCACAGAUCUUAAUUCUGUAGGCGUGAUUGUACUGUACGUAUGACAAUAUAAUACAAAUUCAUGUUCUACUGCAUCAUUUGUACAGAACGGAUCUUAGCAUUGGAGUGUACUCAGUUUUUUCUCAGGAAGAAUUUUUUAUUCUUCAUGUACGAUUGUUUAAAGUAUAAUGUUUUGAUAAUUACAAGUACAUGUACAUUGUGUGUAUAUUCGAUGUUACAUUUUGCCCAAAAUAAAUUCUAAAGCAUU